GCAUUGAUGCCAGGGCCAGAUGACACUGGCCCAGGAGACGAGAAGAACGAGACGUACGCCGUCAUAGGCGCAGCGAGCUCGAGCCCACAGGUCACAGAGCAGCUGAAGCAGCUGAUCCAGCAGGCCGUGAAGGACGCAGUGAGGAACCUCGGCCCGGGGCUCAGCCAGAGCGCCGCCGGCGCAGGCGACGACUACGGCGGCACCAAGAGCGGCCAGCAGGAGAGCUCGAGGGGUCAGGAUCCCUGGAGCGACGGCCGCGAUCCAUGGAAGAAUGGACAGCCGGAGCCUGACGAGAGCAAGUGGGGCCCCGGGGGCCGACAGCAGCAG